GUUUAUGAGAAUGCGCCCAUUAUUUCGGGCCAAAAAGACCCUCUUUUAAUAAACAUUGCAACUGGGGCUUGGGGCUGCCACUCACACUCACGCCCUUCCCAAAACUAACACGUGUGUCGUCCCUUCUGGCUUCGGCCACGCCAGCCUCGCCUGUCCCCACCAACUCACCCGCUCCAUUUAUUCAAGGACAACGUCCACUCUCCUGCAUUCAUUAAAACCAAUUAUUUUUGUUUGUAAAAAGUUUAAAACGAGCCCAGGAUUUGAUCGACAUAUAGCGCUGCUACUCUCACUCACGUUCAUUGUCGCUCAUUGUCCCUAAUUCUCCAUAUCUUAACUGAACGCGUCUCCUCCUCCUCAUCGGAUCACGUUCUUUCACUAUCAUUCUACCAUUUAUUGAACCCAAAGUUUGCGGGAUAUGAGUUCAUCUCCUAGGUUCCGUGUGGGAAUAUAGUGUUCCUAGCAUGGGUGAGAGCUGGUACCACCAGAUUAUCUCGCUUCUGACGAGCUACUCAGUUUGAAACUCUCAUGGAUACAAAGGCCGCUGGAUUCCAGACACUAGGCGAGUCUGUAGUGAGGCGUGCCCUUUUUCGCACGCUUGUGCUUGCCUCUGCUAUAUCCAUCGUUUCUUUGCUCCGCGUCAUGCCCACCUUCGACUUGGGAGCACUGUCUCCCAUCACCUACGAUGACUGCAUGACGGAUUCAGAUUCGGAUUCUACCGCUGUCACUCCCGGCUCUUAUUUGUUCCAGGUUCGGAUUCUGAACACCUUCUGGGGUUCAUUCGAAUCUUUAAAUUGCAAACAAGAUGUCAAUUUGACUGUGAACGUGGUCACUGAGCUGAUGGGUAAACGGUUUUUGGACCGUGGUGCCAAAAGUCUCUGUAUUGGAGAUGCAUCCCCAAUGGCCGUCCCGGCGAUGCAGCGGCUGGGAUUCUCCAGUGUCAUUGGUGUCCAUAAACCACGCCCAUUUUCUCUCAAACCGAAGAAAAUCGUGUACGAGCUUAACUACCAGGACCGUUCAUUCGACUUCGUCUUCUCCAAGGACCUAGAUAAGAUUUCGGUUCCUGGUCUACUUGUGCUGGAGGUUGAGCGCAUCCUUAAGCCCGGUGGAAUCGGAGCCCUCCUUGUGGGUGCUGAUGCUUCAAACCCAAAUGACUUGAUCAAGUCCGUUAGUCCAGUGUCUUCGUUACUGAGAUCUUCCAGCAUUGUGCAUGUCGAAUAUAUCAAUCAACUUAGUCUGGUCGUUUUCAAGAAAAGAUCCGAAACCAGUGUCUUCUACCAGAAUCCCCUUCCAGCUGAUUGUCCCAGUCUUACCUUUACCAAGCCUCUCAUAAAGCUGAUGGAACCGCUUGUGGAGGAAAGACCUCCGAAGUAUGCCAAAGGGAUGUGGUAUUUACCCAAGUUUGUAGACUUUUCUAGUAAGAAGCGGCUAGUGUACAUUGAUGUCGGAGUUGGUGAGCUUCUGAACAACGCCAAUAUCAGUGAUUGGUUCCUUCCAUCUUACCCCAUCGAUAAGAGAGCUUUCAGAGUCUAUUUUGUUCACUACAACACUUCCAUCCUGCAAUCCCACGUGAAACAACCCAGCAUCACAUUUGUUUCUCAUCCAGGACUGGAUGGAAAGCUUAGUUCAGUCGACCUGGAUCCAUUUGUAGGAGAAGAGGAGUUUGAUUUCCUUGCGUGGUUCAAAGAAACCGUGCAAGAUGCGGAUUUUGUGGUCCUGAAGAUGAAUGCUGGAGAAUUGGAGAUGAAGCUGCUGGCAGAUAUAUUUGAAAGCGGAGCUAUAUGUUUGGUGGAUGAGCUGUUCCUGGGCUGCCCAGACGUAUUAGAUGGUAAAAGUGUGAAGACGAAGGAAAGCUGUAUGAACAUCUACAAGGGCCUUAGAAGCAACGGUGUCUAUGUCCAUCAAUGGUUUGUUGAUCAGUAGGAAGUCUGCAUCCGUGCAUGGAUUCCUGCGUUUGAUGUGUUUUCGUACUAAAGUCCAACUGCUGUGUUGUGUUGCAGUUGAGGUUGUCAUUUGUGAAGUGGAAGGAGGUUGGUAUGAACGCCCAGAUCAGCGUCGGGCGCUUAAAAUCAAACCAAACCACUAUCAUUCUCUUUCGGUAAUGAAAUCAGCGUGCAUCUGUGUUUUUCUUUCA